GCAGCACACGCCAGGGCAUUCUGUGCGUUCAACGCGUAAACAAAAUUUUGGUGCUACCGUUUAAAAAUACGGACAUGAUCGUGGAAUAAUUUUAGCAUGAUCUUCAAACAAGGAUGUAGUUAACCAUAAUGCCAGGAUCCAGCCAUGGCCCGUAAACCGUUAACAUCCAAAGAUACAAGCCACAAUGCAUUAUCUGCUGAUGAAUUUCAAAAGCAGCUGCUUAAUUGGUUCCAAGAUCGAGGACUCUUGUCUGAUCUUCAAGCACAUCUACGACAUCAGAUGAUAGUGGCUUUGAGGGAUACAUCCCUCAAUAUUCAUUCUGCGGGCGUUUUCCAUCAGGCUGGAUCCCCCAAACUUCAAGCCAUUAAUUUAUUAGUGGCAGAAUUUUUAUUACGACAACAAUGCCAUUAUACUUUGUCAGUUUUUACCAGUGAAGUGCCUUUAUUAAGAAAUUUGCCAGAAUUUUCAACUGCUGUCAGUAAUUCUACCUCUGGGGUAGAUUAUGCAUUACAAGAUGACGUGUUUCCUGGCUUUCAUGAGAGAGAUGUUUUUGAUAUAUUGGAGGCUCUAGGAUUUGCAUCAAAUUCGGAAGAAAGCAGGGCAGUUAAUGACAUGUAUGAACAUUCUCAGGGAGAAUCUCUGUUGACAUGUCUUCUUCGUUCUCUUCCAAAUUCAAAUCAUGCUUUUGGGAAAAGGGUGACUAGAUCAGAAAGCCCGGAACCCAAAAAUGUUGCCGAACAACAAGCUGCUUUACAACAGUCUCUGUUGUUCACUGAAGAUGUUCGUACUGUUAUACAGCAAUCAAAUUUAGGAGCUGAACAAAUAUUAUUGAUUCACAAUUCUGUGAAAAGGGUUCUCGAAGAGGAAGUUCAGAAAGCCCAAAAACAAGAAGAAGAAAAGUAUCAUCAAGAAUUGAUUGAGCGUGAACAGCGAAUACAAGCAGUGUGGAAUCAACAUGACACUGAAUUACAGGAAAUGCAGCGGAAAUCAGAAGAAAAAUUAAAUGAAGAACGAUUAAAACUUAAAGAAGAAAUGAAUAAGAAGCAAGCCCAAUUUUCUGUUUUGGCAUCACAGUUGCAGGAACAACAGCAUGAUGUGGCCACUCGACUCAACUACAUUCAGGAAUGUAGUGAUCUGUUAGAACGCAAAGAAAUACAACUAAAAGUUUUGAGGAAAGAAUCAGAAGAGUACUUAAUAAAAAAGCAAGAAGAAUUAAGUGCAAAAGAGAAAAACCUUGAAGAGCAACUUUCAAGGUUAGAAGCGGAGACAAAUGCUAGAGAGCUAGAGAAGAAAGAACUUCAUGCUAAUCGCUUGCAAAUCGAAGAAGCAUCAAGAGCAAUAAAGGACUCACAGUCAGAAAUUGCCCUCUUGCGUGAGUUACAAAGGGAGCACCACUUACAAUUAAAAAUGGCUCAAGAAAGAGAGCACAAUUUGCCAUUAGAUUCUACACACAGUAAAACUGAAGCAUCAAAAAAGAAAUCAGACACAUCUAUCAGGAAGAAAAGGCCAGAGUUGUGCUCUCAAGGUGUUCAGGUUGAUGUAAGUAAACAAAAGGGAGCUGUGCCAAAGAAGCAUAAUGUUUAUCAGCAAACAAGCAAAGUUUCACGAGAAAAUCAAUGUCUGCAAACACAGAUCAGUGUUACUGAUUUAGAAGAAGUGUUUCUACAAUUGCGACAACAGAAUGCUGAAAUUGUAGAGUAUAAGAAGUUUGGGCACGCUAGUUAUUUACCCUCUGCAUUCCUUGGAUUAGAUCAGGGGUUCCGACACAUACCCCCAGGGGUACACUGUAGUCAUAUAGAGGAGGCGGAACGGCAGCGGUCUCAACAUGCAAUGUUUGGAAAUCUAGUUGAUGAACUUCAGCAAGAAAAUUUGGAAUUAAGAGGUCAUAUUGAACAGCAAAGACUUAGAAUACAAGAGUUAACAACCCAGGCUUCUGAAUUAAUGGAGCAAUUACGACACGCUCAUGGCACUAUUACAAGAUUGAGACAUCAACCAGUACCAGCUGAACGUGACCAUCAUGCUGUGCAGACAAGUCCACGUUCCUCUCCUGACAGUCCAAUACCAUUGCCUGUAGCAACCCUAGCAGCAGCUGUUCCUCCUGCUGUCCCAGUCAUGGACUCUGUCCCUGGGCUGGCUCUUGGAGCUUAUGGUUACCAUACACCUCCACCAGCACCACCACAACCACAACCACUACUUCAACCUCAACCUCGCUUGGUGCCAGAAGCAAGGCCUCCAGCGAGAGGUUUUGUGCGAUCUAGCCAAGUUGGAGCUGGCGAGGAAUCAUACUUUUCACGACGAUUACCUCCAGAAACCUUUGUUCCCCUUUAUUCAUCUCCAGGUCAGCGUAGAAAGCCACCUCGCAGACUUAUGGUCCAUAGUGUUUCAAGUUCUGAUGAGUCUUGUCCAAGCCCAACUGAGGAAAUGUUAAGAGAAGCAAGACGGAGAUUGCGAAGGUUGGAAGAGGAGACAGCAGCCAUUGAUCGAAGCUAUCAAGAGUUUAGACUGCGUAAUGCAGACAGCUUAACAAAUACUGCAUCAAUUUUGUUUCCGCCUGUGUCUUUGUCUCGUGAUUAUGCUGCAAAUUUUACUUUGCCUACACCUCAAAAUGUGUCUACUAGAAGUGCUCCUCAGAAUACUCCAAUGUUUUCUUUUCCAACAAAUUACAAUCGAAGUAGGUCAUACGCUGCACGUGUGGGUUUAUUAAAUCAGUUUCCAUCUACUACGCUUCUCCAAACUGGAAUAUUGCAACCUUUUCCUUUCUUUCCUUCCCACAGAACAAAUGAUCAAGUUAGGCAGUCAUUUUCUUUUACCACCAGUCAAGCUCACAACAGCCCUGCAGUCACUUCUUUAUAUUCAGUGCCCACAGAGAUCUUUUCUGCUCGCCCCCAGAGCUCUCUGGGAGGAGCUGUUACAACAUCAAUGAUGCAUGGUCCACCGAUUUCUUCAGUACGAGUGCAAAAUGAUGCACAGACUGCACCAGCUAGUGGAAGUACAAGAGGUGAACUGAGAUUGCCAGCAGGCUUUAGUUUGAGAGGAACAUCAAGAUACUCUGGAGAAAGAGAAUCCUUUCAAUCAGCAAACUCUCGACAGCAGAAUAGGAAUUCAAGAUGGCAACAAGAGUUACCGUCAUUUACGUCUUCAGUACCUCAUAUGACAGUUCCAACUUUGGAAAAUGAAAGGCAAACGGAGGGGCCAAACUUGCAGAAUGAGAGUGAAACACCUAUUGUCUUCUUACAUCAAGAAAAUCAACAUUCCCAAACACAGGGAGUGGAAAAUAAUGAAUUUUUAAACCACCACAUGAAUUCAGCUGCUACCAGGAACUCUCACCACUCUGGUCUCUUGGAACACAUUUCCUUACAAAGUGCUUCAGAUGAAAAUGUUGGGGAACGCUUAUUGUCUUCUCCUUUACGGGUUUCUACCAUUGUAGAACGAAAUGAAGAACCUGAGUUGCAUAGCACAAAAUCAUGUACCGAGUUAGAUGAACCUGCCACUUUGCAUCCAAAACUGAUUUUGGAAACUUCAAAAUCUUUUGAUAAUUUGCAGCUUCCAAAAAGAGAGAACGAGUCACCAGUGGUAUCUGAUAAAAGUCAACUCAAAUUAUCCCAGACGAAAAUAUUUCCACUCAACAAGGAUUCAAAAAUCAGAUCAAAAACCCCUUCAGAAGAAAAGAGUGUAUUAUCUUCAAAGGGGGAUAAGGAAAAUAUUGCUAGAAAUAAGCCUGAAAAUUAUCCAGAAAACAAUUCUUUAAAACCCAGCAAUUCAGCAAAAACAAUAUCUAAAUCUGGAAUGGAAGCAUCUCAAAAUGUAGAAGAAUGUAGAGAACUGGACGUGGUCAUAAAAGAUCAAGAAGAUUGUAGGCAAGAUACCAAUGCAAAUGGUGCUCAGGAAGUUCAAGAUAUUACAAAGACUAGCACAGAUGAAAUAAAGACCAAAAAUACCCCUGGGAAAGAAAGCAUUCAGUCUGCAAUUGAGACAGAGCAAGAUGUUUCUGCUCUUCCGAAUGAACAUGAAAUGUCAUUUGCAGGCACAGACGAGCAGCAAUCCAAAGUUCCAGAAGGAUCUGAUCAGCCCUCCAAGUCUCCUUCUUUACCUAGCUCACUGGGGAGCAGCCAUGAUCUAAGCAGUGGUAUUAUAUCUGCAGGAGAAAAUAAGAGUGAUGAAACUUGGUGAUUUAUAAUGCGGUAAUUGACAAUGUUGUUUUUAAAAAAAUUGUAACUGCCACAUGUUAUGCCUUACACAAUGUUACUGUGUAAAUUAAAUAAAGUUCUCUGCUGUACAGAAAUGUAUAAUAUAAUAUAUUUGUAUUAUCUAUUUUUAUACAUUAUUUUAUUUCAUUAAAAAAUUGCUCUUAGCACUGUUUAAUAUUUGUGCAAUUCAUGUUGUACCUGCAUUUACAUAAAUA